UUCCACUAAAAAAUCCCAUUUUAAAAAGGUAUGUAAAUAAAAACCUGCAACGAAAGCAAUGGGCUGGGGUGGUUUCUUCCGGUUUCGUCAAACGUUGAUUCUUCCAUCGCCAGACUCCGCGACUCGUUCUCUCUCUCUUCCUCCAAAACAGUAUCUCUGUCUCUUCCUCCAGAACAACCAGAGUUUGGAAAGAAAACGAAAGACUGAGCCAUGACUGUGGCCCCGAUGAAGCUUGUGUUCGGCCUUCUAACACUCGUCACUGUAGGAAUGAUUAUUGGUGCUUUGUUCCAAUUAGCAUUCAUACGGAGGUUGGAAGACUCCUAUGAAGUUCCAUCAUUUAGAAGAUUGCAGGGAAAUCAGAAUGAUGGCUAUCUUCAACUGCCUAAAGGUAUUCCCCACUGGGAUAAUGACAAGGAAGCAAGAAUUUUACGUCUUGGAUAUGUCAAACCUGAAGUAAUUAGCUGGUCACCUCGAAUAAUUGUACUUCAUAAUUUUUUGAGCAUGGAGGAAUGUGACUACCUUAGGGCUCUAGCCCUCCCCCGACUUCAUAUUUCCACUGUAGUGGAUACAAAAACUGGGAAGGGAAUCAAAAGUGGUGUUAGGACUAGCUCUGGUAUGUUUUUAAGUCCUGAAGAAAAGAAGUAUCCAAUGAUACAGGCAAUUGAAAAACGAAUAUCUGUCUAUUCUCAAGUACCAGUAGAAAAUGGUGAGCUCAUACAAGUAUUAAGGUACGAAAAGAGUCAGUAUUACAAACCCCAUCAUGACUACUUUUCUGAUACUUUCAAUGUGAAGCGAGGUGGUCAGCGAAUAGCAACAAUCCUUAUGUAUUUAAGUGACAAUGUUGAAGGAGGAGAAACAUAUUUCCCUAUGGGAACAAGAAAUUUUCAGUUCGCUUGUACCACAAAGCCUUAUCGACCUAUUCCUCCACUAGCUUCCCUUGGAAGAGCAUUUGGAGGAGCAAUUUUUCUCUCAAAAAUGCUUUCUUUGGUUGGGUGGCUUAACAUGGUAAAAUCUUAACAAUUGACAAGUUACGAAAUCGCGGACUUUACUUAAUGGAUUGGUGCUACAUGUGCAAACAAAACAGUGAAUCAGCGGACCACCUUCUUCUUCAUUGCAAAGUAGUUAAGGCUUUGUGGUAUGCAAUCUUCUUGAGGCUUGGUAUCGCAUGGGCCAUGCCUAGGAGGGUGAUAGAUUUAUUGUCUUGUUGGCGAGGGAUUAGGGGCAGAUUGCAGCUGUAUGGAAGAUAGUACCUUUAUGUCUAAUGUGGUGUACAUGAGACGAAAGAAAUGGCUGCUGUUUUGAGGAUAGGGAACGCUCCUCGGAUAGUUUUAGGGCUUUUUCUUUCAUACUUUGUUGCUUUGGGCCUCUUCUAUUGUUUUGAACGGAACAAGUCUUAAUGACUUGUAUGCUACUAUCAGUAGAACGUAGUUUUGUAAUUAGGCUCUUUCUUGUAUACUUCCUGUGUACUCGGGCUUUGCCUAUUUACAUGGAUCAAUAAAACUUCUUUUACCUAUAAAAUAUAUAUAUAUAUAUAUAUAUUUAUAUCUUAUUACUUAUAAAAAAAAGUUAUUUUACACUUUUUUCAUGCUUUUCAUUUUUAAGAAAAUGUAUAACAUUUUAUUAUAGUUUUCACAUUCGAGCUAUUUUCCGAUUUGAGCAUCUUUUAUUCACCACCCCAUCUCACUCGAAGAGAUUACAACCAAGCAUAGAAUGAGGUAAAGAGGUCCACCUCCCAGUUCUCUGCCACUCUAAUAAAAUCCACUUCCCCUUAAGGAGAGCCAUUUGAAAGCUGUAACAUGUUUGAUAGAUCCUUAACCCGAGCAAUGCUGAAUAGAUUUGGCAAAGCCCCUUAAAGUUGUUGAUAUUGAUGCCAUUAAUAAUACAAGAAUUUUAUCUUAGAUCCAUCUCCCAUCUUAUAUCUAGUGUAUCGGUAAAACUCCUCCCAACCCCUUUAGAUGUUAUUCCAUAGCCCGACCCACCCCUCACACUGCCACAUGUGAUCUAUAUAGGCUGUCUAUUCAUUGGUAUAGCUCCAUAGACACUUCUUUAGUAAGCUCUAUUGAAUCUAAUCAAUUUCCGGAUGCCCAAUAUCUUCAGAGAUAUGGUACAAACCUUGGCCCAAAUAACUAAAUGGAAUUUCAGCUCUUCUCCCUUACUACCCCAUAAUUAGCCCCUCUGCAACUUUAUAAUACAGCUGGCAUUGCCAACAGGGAGGGAUGAUAUAGCAAUAAAGUAGGUGGGUAGGUUUUAGAGUAUUCUUUAUCGAUGUUGCAACCCCUUGUAGAACUGUACAAUAUGGUCACUAGUCUCUUGAUGAUUGGAUAAUUUUAUGUCAUUACUUUCGAGGAGUCUGGAAUUUUUUUGUCCUGUGUGGAUUUUCCAUUUGGUGAAAAAACUUUGUACACAUAUCCCCUUCCCUUAACCACGAGAACCUUGAAUUUUAUCUCCUAAAAAACCUCUUUAUUGGAGAGUAAGCCUUUUCGAAAUCCUUUGUUUUCUCUUCAACAUCUUGCAUCCUGUUAACUUUGAUGACUUCAAAGAUGCACAAUUCAUCUAGAUGGAGCUUUUUCUGUCUCCCCACAUUUUCAAAGGCUUCAUCAUUUCAAGAUUUGAAGUCUGCUUUUAAAGCUUUGAGUUUAUGUUUCAGAACAUAACUAGAAGAACCUUGGAAGCUAUGCAAAGUCCACCAUUCUUUCACCUCAUCCACAAAAUCCUCAGAUUUCAGCCACAUAUUCUCAAACUUAAAGUAUCUUUAGCCCUUCCGAAAGUGCCCUUGAUCAACUUAUCAUUUUUCUUGAGCACACAUACUUACUACUUGCUGCUUACUAGUUUGGUUUUCACAUUUCUCCAAUCUAGGGAAAUUGCCACCAUGAGCAAAAGGAGGGACAGGAGGCAUGUAAGACAAAGUUUCUGGUUAUUUGUUGUGCACUUGAUAAGAUGAGUGACUAUGGGUGGGGAAGAGAUCAGGAGCUGGAGAAGGUGUUACUAACGGAGGAAAUCUCGUGGAGACAAAAGUGAAGGGAAGGGGACUGCUGCAUGAAAAAUUUCCACCGGAUGGCUAAUUCUCACCAUAGGAAUAAUGCUAUCGAGGUGCUUUAGGUUGAGGGACAGGUUUACUCUAAUUAUGAUGCUAUUAAGAACCAUAUUGUCAAUUUCUAUGAAGACCUACUUGCUGAAAAAUCCACAUGGAGAACGAAACUAGAUGGAGAGACCUUUUGAAGCAAAGGAGGUUCUUCAGGUGGGCCAAGGAUAAAGCCCCAGGGUCGGAUGGGUUUUCGAUGGCCUUUUAUCAUGAUUGUUGGGAUGUGGCGGGGGAGGAUAUUAUGCAGGUUUUUCAGGAGUUAUACGCCUUUGGCAAAUUCGAAAAAGCAUUAAUGCGUCUCUUAUCCCUAAGAAAGUUGGGGCAGUGGAGGUGAAAGAUUUUUGGCCGAUUAGUCUCAUUAAUAGGGCGUAUAAGGUUAUCUCAAAGGUGCUUGCCGAUUGCAUGAGUAAGGUUAUGAGUAGUAUUAUAUCAAAAUCUCAAAACGCGUUUGUGAAGGGGAGAUAAAUCUUGGAUUUGGUGUUGAUUGCCAAUAAAUGCCUAGAUUGUAGAAUCAAGGAGUACACCCGAACUCUUGUGCAAGCUGGACAUGGAGAAGGCCUAUGACCAUGUUAAUUUGGAUUUUCCUUGUUAUUUACUUGGGAGGUGCGGUUUCGGGGAUGGAUGGAUUUCAUGGAUUAUGCAUUGUAUAACUACAGUUCGUUAUUCGGUUUUGGUGAAUGUAGCACUCUGGAAGGAUUCUUUAACAGUUCUAGGGGAUUAAGACAAGGGGAUCCCCUCUCCCUUUGCUGUUCGUCAUUGUUAUGGAAGCAUUGAGUCAUAUGUUGAGUGUAGCUGUUAAUGGAGGCUUUAUUGCUGGGUUUUCUGUGGGAGGUGUUAUCAUAUCUAUCUCACCUAAUAUUUGCUGAUGACACGCUACUUUUUUGCGAGCCAAACAGUAAUCAUGUGCAAUUCUUGAGGGCUGUAUUACUUUGCUUUGAAGCGGUUUCAAGCCUGAAGGUAAAUCUUGCGAAGUCUGAAAUGGUUCCUAUGUGUGAUGUGAACAAUAUUCAGGGCUUGGCAACUAUCUUGGGUUUUAAGAUUGUUUCACCGCCCCUGAACUACCUCAGUCUUCCAUUAGGGGCUGCUUUCAAGACAAAAUCUAUUUGGGAUGGGAUGUUAGAAAAAAUCAAAAGAUGAUUGGCUUGGUGGAAACAUAUAUAUUUGUCCAAGGGUGGUAGAUUAACUCUUAUUAGGAGCACUUUAUCUAACCUCCCUACUUAUUUUCUGUCCUUAUUUCUGCUAUGCAAGUGUGACCUCUCGUAUUGAGAAAACUUGUCGUAACUUUCUUUGGGGAGGCAUGGGGGAGGGUGCUAAGUUCCAUCUUGUGGGUUGAGAUAAAGUUUGCUCACCAAUAUCAUGUGGUGGGUUGGGGGUGCAUAAAAUAAGGGUCCUCAACAAAGUAUUUCCGGGUUCAUGGUUGUGGAGGUUAGAGGGUAGGAGAGGGCUUAUGGAGAGAAUUCAUAGAUUCUAAGUAUGGGGGUAUUUAUUUAUUUUUUGGGUUUUUUAGUUUUGUGUUUGGGGGGGUGGGGGAGAACAUAAGAGUUGGAUGGAGAAAAACAUAAGAGCCGGAUGGGGAAGAUUCUCUCAGUUUUUCAGAUUUGCAAUUGGAGGAAGCAAUAGUGUUUACUUUUGGCAUGAUAUGGUGCGGUGAAAGGGCUCUAAAGCAGGUGUUUCUGCGCAACCAAAUUUCUUGCGGCAAAGAGGCUGAUGUGGGAGGGAUAGGCUAUUGUGGAAUCCGAGUGGAAAUAAAAACUUCUCGGUGUGCUCCUUCUAUAAGGCUCUCUUGGGAUUUUCUAAUGAUCAUAGCUAUCCUUGGAAGGCUAUCUGGAAGUGCAAGGUACCUCCCAAGAUUAUUUUCUUCGUUUGGACUGCAUCUCUUGGGCGGACUCUCGCCUUGGAUAAUCUGAGAAAAUAUGGUCUCAUUUUUCAGAUUGGUGCUUUAUUUACAAGAGUGAUGGGGAAUCAGUGGUUCAUCUUUUGUUAAAUUGUUAGGUGGCCCGGUGUUUUUGGAAUGAGAAUCUUUAAUAGGACAGGCCGGGGUGGCAUGGGUUAUGCCUGGAAGAGUUAGGUAUAUUAAGUGCUGCUGGACGGGUAUCGGGGGAAAUGCCCACAUUGCCGCUGUGUGGAGAAUGAUCCCUCAUUGCAUUAUGUGGUGCUUGUGGCUGGAGAGGAACAAGAUCUGCUUUGAAGACAUGGAACAUUCUUUGGAUGAGCUGAAGCGAUUGUUUUACAGUACUUUAGUCUCCUGGGCUUCUGCCAUUAUUUGUAAUACGGACAAUCUUCAUGAUUUGCAUGUAUCUCUCCUAGUGCUUUUAGAUGUAAUUAGGCAUGUUCGUUGUAUACUACCAGUGGACUUGGGUGAUAUCUCUUAUAUCAAUAAAACUUUACUUUUACCUAUCAAAAAA